AUGACUGCCAACGCAGGGUCAACGCGUGUUCUCAUUAAGGGGGGGAAGGUGGUCAACGACGAUUUCACCCAGGAGGCGGAUGUCUACAUUGAAAACGGCAUCAUUCAGCAGGUGGGGAAAGAGCUGAUGAUUCCUGGGGGGGCGAAGGUGAUUGACGCAUCAGGGAAGCUGGUGUUGCCGGGUGGAAUAGACACGUGUGUACAUCUGCAGCAGAGCUUCAUGAAUGCCACAAUCCAGGAUGACUUCUACAGUGGCACCAAGGCCGCUCUGAUGGGCGGUACUACCAUGGUGGUGUCCCUGGUCCUGCCUGAACAACACUGCUCCCUGCUGGACGCCUAUGAGAAGUGCCGUUCGUUGGCCGACGCCAAGUGCUGCAGUGACUACGCUCUGCACGUGGGAGUGACCUGGUGGGGCCCCAAGGUGCGUAAUGAGAUGGAGACCCUGGUGAGGGAGCAUGGGGUCAACUCCUUCCAGAUGUUCAUGGCCUACAAAGACAUGAUGAUGCUGAAGGACUCAGAGCUCUACCAGACCCUGCAGACCUGCAAGGACAUCGGCGCCAUUGCACGCGUGCACGCCGAGAACGGCGGGCUGGUGGCAGAGGGGGCCAGAGAGGCUCUGGAUUUGGGCAUCAGUGGACCUGAGGGUAUUGAGAUCAGCAGACCAGAGGAGUUGGAGUCCGAGGCUACUCACAGAGCCAUCACCAUCGCCAAUCGGGCCCACUGUCCAAUUUACUUGGUGAACGUAUCCAGUAUGUCUGCUGUGGACAUGAUCUCUGCUGCUAAGAUGCAGGGGAAGGUGGUCCAUGCAGAAACCACAGUAGCCCACGCCGUGCUGAAUGGGAUGCAGUAUUACCACCAAGACUGGGCUCAUGCUGCCGCCCAUGUCAUAGCCCCUCCCCUUCGCCUGGACCCCAACACACCAAACUACCUCAUGGGCCUGCUGGGCAAUGACACGCUGAGCGUUGUGGCUUCGGAGCACCGUCCUUUCAGCACCAAACAGAGAGCCCUGGGCAAGGAGGACUUCACUAAAAUCCCCCAUGGAGUGGCAGGGGUGCAGGACAGAAUGAGUGUCAUCUGGGAGCGGGGAGUGGUGGCGGGAAAGAUGGAUGAGAAUCGUUUUGUAGCAGUGACAAGCUCUAACGCAGCUAAGAUUUACAACCUGUACCCUCGAAAGGGUCGCAUCAUCCCUGGGGCCGAUGCUGAUGUGGUGGUUUGGGACCCUGAUGCAACCAGGACGAUCUCUCUCAGCACUCAGGUGCAGGGUGGCGACUUCAACCUGUAUGAGGGUAUGCGCUGCCAUGGCGUUCCCCUUGUGACCAUCAGCCGGGGUCGUCUGGUGUGUGAGAAUGGAGCGUUCAUGUGUGCUGAGGGCUCCGGAAAGUUCUACCCCCUGCGCACCUUCCCUGACUACUUGUACAAGAAGAUGGUGCAGAGAGAAAAGAGUCAGAUUUUGAAAGGGGUUGAGAGGGACCCGUACUCUGGAGAUGUGGCCAAGGUGGCCAACUCGAUGAAGAAGGAGCUAGGGCUGGGCCCAAUAGAUGGAGAAACACCUACAAAGCCCCCAGUGCGGAUGCACACGGGGGUGCGAGACCUCCAUGAGUCCUCCUUCAGCCUCUCAGGCUCACAAGUGGACGAUCACAUCCCCAAGAGGUCCUCCGCCCGUAUCUUGGCCCCCCCUGGUGGUCGCUCCAGUGGUAUCUGGUAA